AUGAAACUUAACCAUACAACAGUAAAUAAUAAUAAUAAUAAUAAUAAUAAUAAUAAUAAUAACACAAGUGCUAAAAGUAACGCAUGCUCUACGGUCAUUGUAACUCCUACAUAUGCUAAUAAUAAUAGUACCACUACUUUAAAAACAAUUGCAGCUACUAAAAUAACACAAAUGACCAGUAAUAAUAACCCGAUUUCUACAACUGUUACCAGUUCUAGUGGCCCAAACGACUCAAAAUAUAAAUACAGAGUUGAAAUUCAACAAAUGAUGUUUGUUAGUGGAGAAACUAAUGAUCCUCCAAUUUCAACAACAUCAUUGAUUGAAGAUAUAGUUAGGGGUCAAGUUAUAGAAAUUCUAAUGAGGGCUAAUCAGACAGCCCAUUGUAGAGGCUCCAAGAAUAUCCUACCUGAGGAUGUGAUUUUCUUGAUGAGACAUGAUAAAGCUAAGGUUAAUAGAUUAAGGACGUAUUUAAGUUGGAAAGAUUUACGGAAGAAUGCCAAGGACCAAGAUAACAAUGUAUCCCUUGGUGGUACCAGUGGUGGACCUGGGGGCAGUAGUAACGAUACGCAUAACCCGAAUAAUGGUGCUGGCGAUGAUGUUUUGUUAGAAGAUGGUAAAGAUAAAAAUGCACCCACCAAAUUGAAAAAAUCAACAAUUAAAUUACCUUGGGAACUGCAAUUUAUGUUUAACGAACAGCCUUUGAAUAAUAACAAUGAUGCUGAUGAUGAAGACGAAGAUGAAAGAGAAGCACAUUUAGAAACCAUGAAAAGGUUGAAAAUUGCAGAUGAUAGAACUAAAAAUAUGACCAAGGAAGAAUAUGUUCAUUGGAGUGAUUGUAGGCAAGCAAGUUUUACCUUUAGAAAGGCUAAAAGGUUUAGAGAUUGGAGUGGUUUGAACCAUUUAACCGAAGGUAAACCGCAUGAUGAUGUUAUUGAUAUUUUAGGAUUUCUAACCUUCGAGAUUGUUUGUUCAUUGACUGAGACUGCUUUGAAAGUUAAGGCUAAAGAAGAAAGAAUGAAUAAACAAAAGGAGAGAAAUAAUCAUAAUAAUACUAACAAUAAAAAGAGGAAGAAACACGAAAGCAACUCAAGUAAGAUUAUCAAAGAUGAAAAACAAGCAGCAGAUCAGGAUGACAGUGACGUUGAUGAUGGAUACUAUGAUUACGAUAAUGAGGAAGGAGAAAGAGAUAGCAAUGCUUAUAAUAAGAAAAGAAGAAAAAGACUAUUUGAUGGUCCGGAUAACGCAGUUAACCCUAUAAAACCCAAGCACAUAGAAGAGUCCUGGAGGAUAUUACAAAUUGUUGAUUUGAAGCACAGAGCUUUAACUAAUUUUAAAGGAGGUAGGUUAAAAACACGUCCAAUAAUUAUGUAG